AGUCUUCCACACCGAUGUUGCCAGACUUGCUCAACCGCGGACCGAAUCGCUCGCGGUCCGCUCAGUACGGAGCAAUUGCAAACGUACCAAGUCACUUCCUUGAAUUGGAAUGAUGUUGAUGGGAUCUUCACUCCUGCUUGCCUUAGUCCCGGGCAAUCUUCACAAUUGUCAGACUAACAGUUUGACGCUAGACACUUGCAGAUGCAAAUCUAGAGUACGAGUAUGGAAGGGAGGCGGUAGACUGCCAGGGCCGAAAUAUGGAGCGCCGAUGUUACAUAUCACUCUGGCGGGAUUCCGUGAAAUUGGUUCGGUAUUUGAAUUCCGUAUAUCAGGGACGCGCGGUUGCUCAAUCAGGAGACUGGAAAAGAAUUCAAGGGUUAGCAAAAAUCGAGCUAGUCAGGGACGACCAAACGUUGGUAGUAAUUCAAACCGACUUGGUAUGAUUCCAAAGGGAACUUUGGCGUACUGAUCGUUUGUAUGAGCAUAUGGGCCCACGUCUCUCUAGAUGACUGGCCAUA